UGUCAAGCAUACCUGUUUAUAAAUCUGUGUGGCCGGAAACACACUGCCAUUGAUUUAUUAGGGGGCUUGUUCUUUUUUUUCUGCCAUUCAUAAUAUUUGUCAGCUAGAGUAUCACACACCUGAUAUAUUACUUGUGUGGACCUGGCGUGGCGUAUGCCCCCUUACUGCUGUCACACGACUAAAUAUUACAGUGGCAGAUUACACACUUACUGGGAGUCCACUUAGAAGAAUCGACCUCCCCCAUAUCAAAACAAAUCAGCACUGAUUUGAGUGACUUUGUGCGAAAUUUAACAAAUCCCAAACAGGAGGAUUCUAGUGAGCACGCUCAGGACUUUGCCACGAAGCUCACCAAUCCUGGGAACAAAAUGAGACUGAAGUCCACCGACUUAUCUGGUCAGUUGAAGGAGAAAUGUGCAAUCAGUGAAAACGAGGGUGUCAGGGACAUUAAACAGAACUGGCGGCAGCGUAUGAUGGAGCGCCGAAUUAGCCGCACCAAGGCCCAGGACUGCAGCAGUCCCGCGGACUCGUUCGGAUCCACAGACUGUGAUAAGUCAUUUGACAGUGUUUCCUCAGGAAAUAGACCGUCUUUUCACUGUGACUCAUCAACCGAGGCUUCAGAGUCCGAGUCCCAAACCUCACAGCUCUCAUUGAAUAAGGAACAGAAAUAUACGAAGAAAGAGAAAGAUUCCAAAAAGAGGCGGUUCCGUCGAAUGAUUACCAGACCCCUAAGGCGUAGUCAGAGUGCAGGCUGUGAAAAAGACAUUCCUACACACUUUUUGGAGAAGAGCACAGACGAUGAAGAUACAUUGGAAAGCCGUGCUUCUGAGCUAGCAGUCUUCAGUCAACGACUGAUUGGAAACAGUUCGGAAGGCAAGGAGUGUUCGGCUAGAAAACCUGUUUACAAGACCUGCUCAGCAGACGCAGCCCUGAUGGGAACUGAAGAAAACAACUCACAGUCUCGCCACAAAAAGUCCAGCAACUUAGCCAAGAAUAUGAAAAAGAAAUUUCAGUUCCUGAGAAGAAGGAACACAGAUACUGCGAUCGGAGGAGAGUGUCACACCCCGUCCUUUAUACGUCCCUCGUCUGACCAGGCUCAGAGGUGGAGCAGGUCCUUCGACAGUCUACUUAACGAUAAAGGUGGUUUAGAGUUGUUCCGAGGCUUUUUACGGUCGGAAUUCAGCGAGGAAAACCUCGAGUUCUGGAUCGCUUGUCAGGAGUAUAAACAGUGUGAAGACGCCAAAAUGCUUCCCACCCAGAGUCAGAAAAUCUAUGGCGACUUUGUGGCCGUUCAGGCACCGAAAGAGAUCAAUUUGGAUUCCAAAACACGAAUGAUAACUGUGACAAACUUAGAACAUCCCACAAGACAUACAUUUGAGGAUGCACAGAAAAAAAUUCAAGCUUUAAUGGAGAAAGACUCUUACCCACGUUUUCUUGAAUCUGACUUAUAUCUACAGUUACUGAACAAUACAACGUCAAGUUCCAAAGCAUGAUGGGAAGUUUUUUAACUUCAAAAAAUGAACUGUUGCUUAUUUGUAAAUAUAAACUCCUGUGAUCUCAAAUUCUAGUCAAAAGCUUUCAGGCAUGUAUAUAGAAUGAAGUUGUUUUUUGAUAUUUAUAUGCUCAUGACAUCUGUUUUGUGAGAUGCAAAAAACAGAUCAUAUUUGUUACAUUUGUUACAUUUUUGUAUCAUGUUUCAUUACAUGUGUAUUAUAAUACAUUAUGUCCAAAAUUUAUGGAAAUUUUUGGAUGAAACUCUAUAGUUGUCAUUUCUCAUUUUAUUUCAACUUGAGUGGAUUUUUUUUACAAGCAAUGAUUUGCUGUAGAAUAUUGUCUAUAUAAGCAAACAUCUAAAUAGUUAUUGAAGGGGAAUACACUUAAAAAGCAAUUAACCAAGUUUAUCUAGACAAAAAAAGAGGAAAAUAAGCAUAAUUUUAAAAAAGGCCCAUUUUUUAUGUCUAGUCUCUAGACUCAAUUUAACCUUAAUGUUUCUAAAUCAGAUAAUUUAUAAUCAUGUUUCUCAGUUGUUUGCAAGAUGGAACCUGGCUUUAUUUUCACACAUAUCAUAAGUUUAUGAGUUAAAGUACUUAAAAUAUUAAUUCUAAUCAUACAGUUAGAAGUCCUAGCAGUUAAAAUAUUACAUCCAGUCAGUACCCUUGUUUUACUUUGAUUUGAGAUUUAAGACUCGGGCUCAACCACUGAAUAGCCAAGGAAUGAUAUACUAUGAUAGGAACAUAGAUACAUGUUUGAGUGCCAUCUGUGGCCAACAGGUGAAGGUUUCUGAAAGAAAUUUAUAUUACAUUUAAACACCUGAAAAAAGGCAAAAAUUAAAAAUAUACAGUAAAAUAGACACAUCAAGAAGAAAAUGUUGAAAAAGUAUGAAAGAUUAAGUGAUUAUGUUAGCUCAGAUCAGAUUGGGUGAAAAUAUUCAAAAAUUCUAAUUUUCUGAUAUCUUUAAUUGAUAAGGAUGUGGUUUUCUAUCAAUUCAUCAUCAUUGUAUGUUCUUUGUGGGAAAACACAAAACUGAUAGAUUUGAAAAUUAAAAUGUAUAUUAACUUCCAUCAUGUUUUUAAGACUGGAAAUAUGAACUUUGAUCUUCCCAGACAGAAGUACAUGUACAUGAUUUAUCCAUGAACUUUUAAUUAUCUGUAAAAUCAUGUCACGUUUUUUUUUUAUAUAAACUUCAUGAUAAAACAGGAUGUGUGUAGGUAGAGGAAAGUAGCACACAGAAAGAAUUUUUAAACAAACAAGCAUCCGGUUUUUAUUGUAUGUCCAACUGACUGCAACUGAGGACAGUGAAAUUUUUGUGUCUUAAGCACUAAUAUCUCUAAUACUUUGGAUAUGUCAAAGUGAUUUGGAACCCCCAAUUACUAUUUUCUUCAUAUAUUUUUACCUUAAUCCUACUUUUUUAUUUUGAGAUGUGUAUCCAUGUUUAAAUAUUAAGGUAGAAGUAAAACACAAUUUCCAUUUUAUGUAAGUAUAAAGAAAUCAUAAUAAUUUUAAAUUUUUCUGAGGGAAAGCAAUAUAUUGUAACAAAUCUUUGACAAUCGUUUUUUCCCCAAAUAUAUGUGUUGAGGUCCCUGUGCCUCAUUUCCAAAGAAUGCUUUUGUAGAUCACUUUUGCUAAUUUGAAUAAAAGUCAUGUCCAUCUGAAUUCAACAUGUUUAGUGACAAUCAUGUUAUUAUGUGAGCAUGGUGUAUUUUAUCAUGUUUCAGAUUCCUCUUCUUUUCUUAUUGGGCAUAUUUCUUGUUGUCAAGUUGUUCCAACAUUCAUAUCCAGAUUUUCCACUUCCCUUUUUGAAACUUUGUUUUGUACUAGUUUUUACUACAAUAAAAAUAAAUGAAAAAUAUUA